CGGGUCGACAGACGCUGCCUUGGAAACGACAUAAAUCCAGUGCGUGGAGCUGGGGCUUCGAGAGGGGACCUACAUUUCCUCACUUCAAAGGCUUCCGCCCCUCUUCUGUCCUCCUCCGCCUCUUCUCCAUCCUUUCCUCCAUCCUGCCACCCGCCCGUCCUCCGCCCGUCAGCCAGCAUGGGGGACCUGAAAUGAAGCGCGGCGCAGCGGACGAGGCACCGCGACGAGCUUCGAAAUAACCGAGAGCGAGAGAGGAGGCGACGGGAGGCGCCGCAGCCAGGUAUAGAGCAACAUGCCGCUGGUGAAGAGGAACAUUGAACCCCGGCACUUGUGCCGCGGGGCGCUGCCAGAUGGGGUGACCAGUGAACUGGAGUGUGUCACCAACAGCACACUGGCAGCCAUCAUCAAACAGCUGGGCAGCCUGAGUCGCCAUGCUGAGGACAUUUUUGGAGAGCUGUUCAACGAAGCCAACAGCUUCUACUUGAGGAUGAGCAGCCUGCAGGAGAGAGUGGACCAGCUGGCUGUGAAAGUCACUCAGCUCGACUCCACUGUGGAGGAAGUCUCCCUCCAGGACAUCAACAUGAGAAAAGCAUUUAAGAGCAGUACCAUUCAAGACCAGCAGGUGGUGUCCAGGACGUCUGUGCCCAACCCCGUGGUGGAAAUGUACCACCGCUGCGACAAGCCCCCGCCGCUGAAUAUCCUCAGCCCCUACAGGGAUGACAAGAAGGAUGCGCUGAAGUUCUACACUGAUCCCUCCUACUUCUUCAACCUGUGGAAGGAGAAAAUGCUCCAGGCCACCGAGGACAAACGCAAAGAAAAGAGGCGGCAGAAGGGCUGUCCGGCCCACCCCGACAGGCCCCACUCCAGACAGGCCCCACCCAGGAGCCCCCUGUCCAUCUCUGAGCAGCAGCGGCAGGUGGAAGACCCGAGCAGAGAAGUGAAGAAGGUGCGUAAGGCUCGUAACAGGCGUCAGGAAUGGAACGUUCUGGCCUACGAUAAAGAAUUUCGACCCGAUGCCAGACUCACCCCCUCCCCUUACCACGGCAUGUCGUCUGAAGGAUCCCUCUCCCCAGAUAGCAGGUCAAUGGCGUCUGACUCCUACCCGGCAAGUCCCAACCACCCGGCUACCCAGGCUCCAAGUGCUGUCCAUCCCGCUGACCACCAUGGCAGGGAUCACCUCGCUGCCGCCCAGACACAGUCGCUCGAUCGCGGCCUGAGGCCAGCCAACCAGCCCCCUGGAGCCGCCGGGGCAGGACCACCGGGUCGACACGCAGCUUCCCUCGGCAGGACUCCAUCAGGACACGGGGUCCAGGCUGGUGGAGAUCCAACGGUGAACGGGCCAAGGCAGCAGUCGAUUAAGGAAUACCGAGCUGGUGGGCAGCCCUCCACCAUACCAGAGUAUUACAUCCCUCCAGCUCCCCCGCCACCCCCGCCAACCAUCCCAUCCGCUCAGACUGCCUUUGAUUCUGCCACAGCGCCACCUUCUGCGGCCGCCUCCGCCAUCCCACCGACCUCCUCUGCCCUCUCCUGCCACUACUCCCCCUCCCCUCCGCCUCCCCCGGCCAACUAUGUACCCUCCCCCGCCCAUCCCCCUUCAGGUGCCCCUCCGGCUGCCCCUCCGCCCCCACCUCCUGGCGUGCCCGCGGGACACCAGGCUCACCCGUCCCCGCCACACGCCGCUGUCGGCCAGACGGCCGUGGAUUCGGCGCCUUCGACGAGAAAGUCGACCAUGCUGGGGAUGAUCCCGAUGAGCGACGCACGCUCCGACCUGCUGGCCGCCAUACGUAGAGGCAUCCAGCUGAGGAAGGUUCAGGAGCAGAGGGAACAGGAAGCCAAGCGGGAGCCGGUCGGCAACGACGUGGCCACCAUCCUGUCGCGCCGCAUCGCCGUGGAGUACAGCGAAUCCGACGACGACUCGGAGCUGGAUGAGAACGAGUGGUCUGACUAAAGAGAAAACGUAAAGAUAGGAGGAAAAAAUGAGAUGGAGCUUUGUAAGGCUGGACUGGCGGAGCUAAAAGAGAGAGAAAUUUUACAUUGAGUUGACAACGAAGAUGUCGGGUCAGUUUCGAAGUUUCCAUUUAAACUACAAUGUUGACUAAAAACCAAUCACACAUUUGUUUACACAGAUCGCCGGCGCGGGGCUCGGAGAAGGCCGAGCGACGGGGUCGUACUUUCAGCAUGCACGGUUGCCCCUCACGACGCCUCUUGUCGAGCUGAGAGCACGGAGGCUUUUAUGUCAGACCUCCCGCGGUGUGUGGCACAAUAAACACGCCCUCCAUCUCGGCAGCCUCCCGCCCCCGUCCGCUCGUUUUUAACCGCAAGCACGAAGCUGUGAAAAACAAACCCAUAAACAUCUCCCUAUAUUCACACCCGAGCGGUAGUUAUAAGCAGUGUGUAGGCAGCGUCCCCCUGUGACUACGGGCUUAAUGUGUUUUACAGAACACAUGGUGCGGCACAAGGAAGAUUAACGAUAGUGCAAUCUUUACAUAUCUGCCAAAUGUUCAGAAAGAACUGGAGGAAGCACGUCAAGAUAAUCGGGGAAAACGAUAGCUUGUUAGCGGAUGACCGUGCUUGUUGAGGGAACACGCGCACUCUCGUCAGAGAUGAAGCCAAACUUUUGGGAGUUUGGUCCCGUUGACCAACCGGAUCGGCACCGGGACUCUCCAGAUGAGCUGCUAUUACAUGUUCCAGCGAGAUAUUUAAGCUUUGCUCCAUUCACAAAAUAGUUUGUUAUUUAUUUACCUUAAAGAGGAAGUAAGCGAAGGUAGCUGAGAACUAACAGGCCUGUUUUCUCUCCGAUAUAUUUAAGUUUGCUUUAAUACAUUUAUUCAAAACCACACAUAAAAAUGAUACAUGAAUUGUAUUUUCAUACAAAUUCUGAUUUAUCAUAAUGCACUACAUAUUUUAAUGAAGAGUCCAUGUUAUGUUUGUUUCUAAAUUAUUGGCACUAAGACAACCACAGAUCAUAUUGGAAACACUGUACUGCCAUCUAGUGGUGAGUUUUGCCCACAUGAAACCCUUCUUCAUUCAUAUCUAUUGUAAAUUCUAUACGCAAACUACCAAUCUCUUCUUUGGCAGAAAAAAACAACAUAUUUUUUUCAAACUAAUCUUGAAUGAAUUCAGGAAAAAAAAAAAGACAUUUAAUCUCCUAUAUAACUCAUUGCCUGUCACCGAUUUGGAGUAGUGAUAUGAAGCUCUGAGAAAAAGCAUAACAUGGCCUUGUUAAUAACAUGAUUUAAUAAUCUGCAAAAGUAAUGUUUAUUUUUAGAAUUCACUUUGUUAAUAAGAAUAAUAUUUUAGGUUAUUUUAAAGAAAUAUCAAAUUUUAGGUGUUUUAAAGCUUUGUUUGGUCUUGUAGUAUGAUAAUAAAACUUUAUUUAUUUUAUUUUUUUUAAGUUGGGGUUAGACAUUUUGGUUAAUGUGGUUUGGAAACCAAGCUCCCAAAAGUUGAUGUUGUUGUUGAUCUUUUACGAUUGUGAUAUGCUGUAGCUUUCUCCUACUGAGGUAGUUUGGUAAACUGUGAUAAGAAAACGCCGCUAACGCUAUCAAAGGAUUACAGGCUUCACCAGCCUGGUUAAAGUUGUUAUUCUGCCUACAUAUCAUUGCUUCGGUCGGUAAGCCAGCUAGUUAGCUUAUCCCACUGUUUUGUGCUUUUUAAAAUUAUUAUUAUUGGCAUUAUUAUUAUUAUUCUCACCCUUUGUUAGCCAUUCCAAACUCAAAGCCGAAUAUUUCAGCCUGUGACUGUAAGCCAUGGUCUUCUAUAAAUGUUUCAAGGCUAAACCACAAUCAGCACCAUACUAAUGACAAAAAAUAAAUAAAACCAACGUUCUUCAUCUUAACAUCUUUUCCUUUUGGUGGCCCCACUCGCUUAAUACCGUUGCUUUCCGUGGAGGCUCUUGUGAAUUAUAAAUACAUAAAUGUGAGAAACUUGCAACACUAAUAUAUAGUAUGAUAUCUCUUCUCUCUUUUCAGUAUAGGUUUGGCUAAUCCUCAGUGUGAACUGAUUGGUCUGUAGUGUUUUUCUAAAGUGCUUUUUUUUCUUUCCUUCUUUUUGUUUUUCCAAGUGCUGCAGUGAUUCGUUUGCUUUAUUUUAGGGAUUUUUUUUUUUUUUUUUUUGCAUUAGAUGAGAUGACAGAGUGUAAGAUGUGUCCAAGAAGCCAGCUAAAAGAUUUUUAUUCCUUAGGAGAUUAACCUGACGUAUUCUCAUCUCAAACAGAAGCAAAAAUCCAGCAGAAGAAGCAUUUGAUACUAGAGUCCUGUGUCGGAUUUUACAUCAGAAACAGCGUUUUUGAUAGCGAAAAACUCUUUUAACGGCUUAUUUUUUACGUGUUUACUUUAGCAGAUCUUUAUUUUUCAGUUUCUGAGACUGUUUUAAAGCUUUGGUGUUCAAAACGUUGAAAAGAACUUAUCGUGUCGCUACAUUUCAGGUGAUGCCAUGCUUUUUUUGGAGAAUGUAUAUAUAUAUACACACACACACACAAUAAGUUGGUUUACUCACAAUUUAUAGAAUACAACCACAUCUGGAUGAAGGACUGAAUGAUACGACAUGUUGAUGAGUUCUUGGUAUUCUCCGCAAAAGUCCGAACUAAGAUUUUCAAACCGUGCCAUGAAGCGAAACAGGAAAAAAAAAAGCACAUACAAACAGCCAGCGUGGAUUUUGCCACAAAGCUUGGUGAGAGUUUACUGUAAAAAGAAAAAAAAACAAAAAGUUUAUGUUGUAACUGAGAAGUCAAAGAGGCAUUAAAUCUGCUAUAUUACCCAAAUUGUUUCUUCGGUGGUCGUGUUGUUGUGCGGGAGUCAUAGAUACACAUCCAUCUGUGUGUUUUAAAGAAAUCUGCCCAAGAUUACGAGAAUGUAAAACUGCGGCUUGACCGACUUUUAACGACAACGAUGACGUUCUCCAAACACCCGUACCUUGUGUAUCUGUGGCUUCUGGCUUUUAAAGAAAAUGUUCUUCUGUGUUGAAAAUGUGACAAAAUGAAUCAUGUUGUAUAAACUUUUGGUAAGGCAGCCUUCGCGGUUCAAUGCAUUUGGUUUACUAUAACCUAGACAAUAAAACAAAGUUAAGCUGUGUAUUGCACACUAAAAUCAGCUGUAAGCAAGUAUGCAUGUGACUAAAGUCAAUAAAUAGUGAUUAAAACAGCA